CAAUUCUUUAUCAUCCUUCAAUUCUUCAUUGAUUUUCAUCUUCAAUUGCUUCAAUGAUUCAAACUAUGGAUGUCCAUGAAGAUCAAGAUUUAGAUGGGUUACCAAAUGUACCAUUAUCAAGAUACCGAAACUCGGAUGUUCAUGAUGCCAAUAUUGAAGAUGGUAAUCCGGCAAAUUGGAUUGGAAAAGACUUUGAUGAUCAAGAUUAUGGAGAAGAUUCAGAAGAAGAUUAUAUAGAAGAAACACCGGCAUGGAAUGUCAUACCAAGUGAUGAAUCAAACCAAGAAGAGGAGCCACAAGAACAACAACCUUCAAAAAAACGAAAAUUUGCAACCCCACAAAAACGAAGACAACCAAAAAAACCAACACAAACAAAAAAACCACCACCACCACAAAAACGAACACAAGAAAAAUACCCAACAAAACCAAAACCCAAAAACAAAAAAAAUACUCAAAAAGAGUUAAGGGACCGGAUUAACCCAACUAGACGAGGUGAGGGUAGAGAUAAUUGUACCGCUCCUGCUUGGAAAUACUUCGAGAUAGAAUGGAUAAAGGAGGACGAUGGAAUUGAAAGAAAGUGGGCCGAAUGUAAUUAUUGUAUACAUUUACUAGCUGCGGAUCCAAACCGGAAUGGGACAACUUCAAUAAAUAAGCAUUUUAAUGGGUGCAAGUUAAAUCCAGACAACAUACCGAAAGAAGUUGAUGACAAACAACAAAAGUUGUCAUUUACGAAAGCUCCUAAUGGUGAGGGUCAUGUAUACACAUGGAAACAUGAUGAUACUAGGAUCCAACUUGCCUUGCUAGUCCUUUUCACUAUCAGCAAACUACCAUUUAAAUUCAUUGAAAACGAGGCAUUCAUAGAAUUUGUGAACGCCCUCAAUGGUAGGGUGAAAUUGCCUUCAAGGCAUAAAAUUUCUCGUGAUGUUGUGUCAUUCUAUUUAAUGGAGAGGCAGAAGUUGUACAAACAUUUGAGCAACCCCAAAACAGCCAUCCACUUGACAACCGACACGUGGACAUCCUCGUGUCAAAAGAUAAAUUAUAUGGUUGUCACGGCUCACUUCAUUACCGAAGAUUUUGUCAUGCACAAAAGGGUAGUCAACUUUAGAGAGGUUGAUACUCACAAAGCUGAAGACAUGGCCUGA